UGCUCAUACAAAGUAAAAGGUCACAAAAACAUUUGGCUUGUUUACAGGAAAAUAGAGAAAUCAUACAGGGAUAUGAAAUAAGCCACAGGGUCUCUGAACAGGGAUAAAGAAGUAGAUCUAUACAACAGUAAGAUACGUGCAUAACAAAAAGAAACAUCAAUAUGUAUCCAGUGUACAUAGUUGCUCUUGUCACGCUUGUCUUGUAUCUCUGCAUGAGAUUUUUUGUAAGACACAGGAAGCCUGGUGAACCACCCCUAGUUCCUUAUAAGGUCCCAUUCCUUGGAAGCGGUCUAGAGUUUAACAAAGAUGCAUACAAGUUCCUGUCGGACUGCCAGAAAGAAUAUGGAGAUGUCUUCACGAUAUACUUAGCUGGAAAAUAUUAUACCUUUAUCCUAAAUCCUAGGAAUUAUGGAGUCUGUUUUAAGCAGUCGUCUGAUGUAUUGUCAUUUAGGACUGCAGCAAGAACAACGCUUACAAAAGUAUUUGGGGUUGAUCAAAAAGUUGUAAUAGAUACAGCACCAUAUAGCAAGACCCACACUCGCCCAGCUGUGACCAAGGGUCUGCAAGGGGAAGGGCUAGAGGGUUUGUCACAGACAAUGCAGAUGAACCUACACAAAAUGUUAAAGGGAUUAACCUUAGUAGGGAAUGAAUGGCAGACUAUGGGACUCCUAGACUUCUGUUACCUGACUGUCUUUAGCACUGCUUUUAUAUCAAUCUUCGGAGAAAAUGAGCAAGAUUUGGCGAACAUGUCCACCAUUAUAAAAAACUUUCGAGAGUUUGAUAACUCAUUUAUCGGUUUCUUGAGUGGUUUACCGAAACAGAUGUUGAAGAAGGCACUGAAAGCCCGAGAGUACCUGCAUGAUCUAUUAUGCCAGGAAAAUGGACAGAAAAGGAGAAACAUUUCAGAACUUCUUGAGUUACGUCAUGCUGCAUUUGAGGCUAUUGGUAAAGAAAUAUUCCCAGACUCUGCACAUGGUCCCUAUAAUCUGUCUUUUCUAUGGGCAUCACAAGGAAAUACAAUACCAGCUAUUUUCUGGUCACUGUACUAUACAAUCAAACACCCUGAAGCUACGGAAGCUGCUCUAGAAGAGGUGAGAGAGAAGUUGGGUCCAAUAGAUGAGGCCAAGGAAUAUGUCACCUAUACUAAGGAACAGUAUGAUGAACUGGAAAUAUUUGAUAGCAUAAUAUCAGAGACUCUUCGUCUCACCAGUUUUUCAAUGAUUGUGAGAGAUGUAGUCGAGGAUGUCACAUUGCAGCUUACAACAGGGGAAGUGAUUGGAUUACGCGGAGGGGAUAGAGUGGCUCUCCAAGCAUGUAUGGUACACAGAGACCCUGAGAUAUAUGAAAACCCAUUGGAAUUCCAAUAUGACAGAUUUCUAAGAAACAAGACCUUCUACAAAAAUGGAAGUCGCCUCCGCUACAAUAUGUUGCCGUAUGGAGGCGGGAGCAACAUGUGCCCAGUGUACAUAGUUGCUCUUGUCACACUUGUCUUGUAUCUCUGCAUGAGAUUUUUUGUAAGACACAGGAAGCCUGGUGAACCGCCCCUAGUUCCUUAUAAGGUCCCAUUCCUUGGAAGCGGUCUAGAGUUUAACAAAGAUGCAUACAAGUUCCUGUCGGACUGCCAGAAAGAAUACGGAGAUGUCUUCACAAUAUACUUAGCUGGAAAAUAUUACACCUUUAUCCUAAAUCCUAGGAAUUAUGGAGUCUGUUUUAAGCAGUCGUCUGAUGUAUUAUCAUUUAGGACUGCAGCAAGAACAACGCUUACAAAAGUAUUUGGGGUUGAUCAAAAAGUUGUAAUAGAUACCGCACCAUAUAGCAAGACCCACACUCGCCCAGCUGUGACCAAGGGUCUGCAAGGGGAAGGGCUAGAGGGUUUGUCACAGACGAUGCAGAUGAACCUACACAAAAUGUUAAAGGGAUUAACUUUAGUAGGGAAUGAAUGGCAGACUAUGGAACUCCUAGACUUCUGUUAUCUAACUGUCUUUAGCACUGCUUUUAUCUCAAUCUUUGGAGAAAAUGAGCAAGAUUUGGCGAACAUGUCCACCAUUAUAAAAAACUUUCGAGAGUUUGAUAACUCGUUUGUCGGUUUCUUGAGUGGUUUACCGAAACAGAUGUUGAAGAAGGCACUGAAAGCCCGAGAGUACCUGCAUGAUCUAUUAUGCAAAGAAAAAGGACAGAAAAGGAGAAACAUUUCAGAACUUCUUGAGUUACGUCAUGCUGCAUUUGAGGCUAUUGGUAAAGAAAUAUUCCCAGACUCUGCACAUGGUCCCCACAAUCUGUCUUUCCUAUGGGCAUCACAAGGAAAUACAAUACCAGCUAUUUUCUGGUCACUGUACUAUACAAUCAAACACCCUGAAGCUACUGAAGCUGCUCUAGAAGAGGUGAGAGAGAAGUUGGGUCCAAUAGAUGAGGCCAAGGAAUAUGUCACCUAUACUAAGGAACAGUAUGAUGAACUGGAAAUAUUUGAUAGCAUAAUAUCAGAGACUCUUCGUCUCACCAGUUUUUCAAUGAUUGUGAGAGAUGUAGUCGAGGAUGUCACAUUGCAGCUUACAACAGGGGAAGUGAUUGGAUUACGCGGAGGGGAUAGAGUGGCUCUCCAAGCAUGUAUGGUACACAGAGACCCUGAAAUAUAUGAAAACCCAUUGGAAUUCCAAUAUGACAGAUUUCUAAGAAACAAGACCUUCUACAAAAAUGGAAGUCGCCUUCGAUACAAUAUGUUGCAGUAUGGAGGCGGGAGCAGCAUGUGCCCAGGUCGAUUUUUUGCCAACCUGGAGAUCAAACAAACAAUUAUCUUUCUAAAACGCUACUUUGAUCUUGAAUUCGUUGAUCCCCAAUGUGAGAACCCUGGGAUAUCUAAGUCCAGAGCAGGGCUUGGUAUCAUGCCCCCUGAGAAAGAUGUACAAAUACGAUUCCGCCCCAAGAAGUUGAAUUAA